CGGCGCCCCUCUCACGGCCCCCCCUCCCCAGCCGAUGGCGCUGCCGCUGCCCCGGGGCCCGUAGCAGGAACCGGCGGCAGUGGGGUCCCGGGGGGGUCCCGGUGCCUCUGUGUCCCCCCCCGGGGCCAUGUCUCGGGCCCGGAACCACCGCAGUGACCUCGUCAACGACAACCGCCCGGGGGGGGUCGACGUGGACCCCCCCGCAGGUCUCCCCGGUACCGGCCCGGGGCUGGCGGGGGUCCCGGUGCCCUCCAACGCCAAAUGGCUGCAGGGGAUCCGCGACCAGAACCGGAAUGAACUGGGGGGCACCGAGAGCCCCCCCGGGGAGGGGGACGACACCCGGACCCCCCCCGGCGAUGAGGACACCGGGAGCCCCCCCGGGGAUGGGGACCCUGAGACCCCACUUGGGGACAGCGCAGGGACCCCCCCCGGGGGUGACACCGGGACCCCCCCUGGGAGCGACACCACCGGGACCCCCCCCCGGCGAUGACACCGAGGAGGCAGUGGCACCGUGGGCAGGAGUGGGCAUGGGGCAGGACUCGGCGCUGCCCCCUGGCUGGCUGCGGGUGAGCGACCCCCCGGGGCCCUACUACUGGCACGUCCCAACGGGCACCACCCAGUGGGAGCCACCCCCGGUGCCAGGCCCUGGCCCCACGCUGCCCUGGACCAGGCUCCCCCCAGCUGAGGGCAGCCCCUGGCAGGACCCCCCUGAGGAGGAGGAAGAGGAGGAGGAGGAGGAGGAGCAGGAGAAGGAGCUGCAGGCACAGGGUGAGGCCCCCCCCGAGGAGGAUCUCAGCUCCCAGCUCUCCACUUCCCCUCAGCUGCUGCUGGAGCCACAGAAGGAGCAGCAGGGGCCCAGCGCCCCCCCCCCAAUGGUGGAGGUCCCCUUCCAUGCCGAGUUCCCGGUGCCCAAGGCUGAGCCUGUGCAGCACUUCCCUGCUCGGUACCAUGGCUGUGUGCCAGUCAGCAAGCCUGUGGGUAUGGAGGUGCUGAACGCGGCGCUGGAGCUGGCGCUGGCCGCAGGCUCCCCUGAGCUCUGGACCCCGGCGGUGGUCAGCGUGGCCCCGGCCACGGUCACCAUCACACACCAGCAGACGGGAUGGGUGCUGGGCGAGGCCCGGGUGCGGUUCCUCUCCUUCCUGGGCGUGGGCAGGGACGUUCGCUCCUUCGCCUUCAUCGUGGCCGCUGCCCCCCGAGCCUUCCGCUGCCACCUGCUCUGGUGCCACCCCAACGCUGCCCGCCUCAGCGAGGCCCUGCAGGGGGCGUGCGCGCUGCGGUACCAGAAGUGCCUGGACGCUCGGCCCCCCCCCAGCCCCAGCUCCAGCUCCUGCCUGCCAGCCCCCCCCGCGCCCUCCGUCGCCCGCAGGGUUGGCACCUCGGUGAGCAGGGGGGUGAGGACCCUGCUGGGCACCCUCAAACGCGCCGGGGCACACAGCCCCUGAGGGGGGAGAUAUCAGAGACCCCCCCCCGGGCACCCCUCUGGGCACAGAGACAUCCCCCUGCCGACCUUGGGUAUCCCCUGGGUACCCCCUUCGGCACAGAGACCCCCUCCUGGGCACCCCCUGGGCACAGAGACUC